AUGACUCAUCCGUAUGAAGAGAUGAAGGAAAUGAAGAAGCUGAAGGAACACUACGACAUGUUAUGGUUCAUUUGCUCUGCCCAAUAUGGAAUUCCUACCCGUUGCCCAUGUGGUGGUGAAAUAAAGACGGAUGUUUCUCCAAUUCCGAAGUACAAAUCAUAUUUCGAUACCUUGCCAUGGAGUAGGUACUUCACUUGCGAGAAGUACGAGGACGAUGGGAUGCACUUCCGUCAGCCAUGGGCUUUCGGUGUAGAGGAAGAACUGCAGCGCCUAAGGACGGAGGUGAAGAAUAUGACCGAAGAGAUUGUUAAGCUUAAGAUACUUAUUACCUCCAGUUCCCGUCCAUGA